AGUCAAUCGGCAUCUGGAAUAUUCGCGCAGUUGAAAAGCAAAAACAAUAAACUUUAGCGCUCCUUUUUUAACAACGCGUCGAUGACGUACGCAGAGGCGGUUAUUGUUGGAAUAAAUAUUGUUUUAACAUAACGUGCAAGGCGUCUACAUUUCGCUAUGGUGAGUUUCUCGAGCCGCGGCAGCGCAGAAAGCAGUGAGCCGGUGAUUUCAGGUCAGCUGAUUCCCGGUUGAGAUCACGUGGUACGCCGCGCCGCCAGGAACUCAAGGCGCUCAAGGGCUCAAGAGCGAGCGCACUGAUACAUCGGAGAGCAAUUCUUCGACGGCCGGCGGCUUUGUUGGUUGGACGCAUCUGGUGGAGCGUGUGUGCGGUUUCAUAGGAUUUUCCAUCGCUCAAGAAGAAUGUCUUGGCAGGCGUACGUGGACAACCAGAUUCGUGCACAGGUCAGCUGCAAGGUUGCGGCGAUAGCGGGCCUCACGGACGGCGCCAUUUGGGCGAAACAUGAAGAACCCAACGUGACGAUUACGCAGCAGGAGCUGAAGACCAUCGCGGACGCGAUUCGAACCAACCCUACGGUGUUCAACGUAAGCGGAGUUCAUUUGGGCGGCGAAAAGUAUAUCUGCCUCACCGCCGAGCCCUGCCUGGUGCGUGCCCGAAGAGGCAGUUCUGCGAUGAUUGCCGUUGCGACGAACACCUGUCUCCUGGUUGCUGUCACCACAGACGGUGUUCCCCCCGGCACGCUCAACACGGUGGUUGAGAAACUAGGAGACUACCUGCGGUCAAAUAACUAUUAGUUUUACAAAGUCUGCCACGAAAUUGCACGACCCCCACCUGCCCACUCCACCCUCCCCCUUCUUACGUUGCCUCCCAAGACCCCGUGCAGCCCAAAGGAAGCCAGGCUCGACUGCGAAGAAUCCCCAGUCUACAAGCAACGUCUUUUGCAUUUUUGUUUUUCCUCUCGAACUGUUGUUGUUGGAAGGACGUUUCCUCUCGCCAUGUCUCUGUCCCUCCCCUUCUCUGGAAUGAGUAAGGGGCCACUGCUGGCCUCCUCAUUCUCUCGUCUUUUUUUUUCUUUACUGGUUUUAAGGGGUGGGGAUAUUUCUACUGAUAGGGGACAGAAAAAAAAAAGUUGCGAGCACACUGGAACUGAAUGAAGUUAAACAAUAAAACGAUGUAACAACUGUGGAAUUUUUUUACUAGCUGUAUAUUGUAGGUUUGGCAGGUGCUGUUAAAUUGUUUUCAGAUUUCCAAUGGCUUCGUUUUCUUGGAGCAUUUUGCCAGUACCCCGAUUUUUUUAUUUUUUUUUUAAUGUUCGAGUGUUAUGCGCUGCCUAAACAGAGAUGAAAAUUGUACUUAAAUUUGAAUCUCGGCAAGAGUGUGUGUGCGCGCCUCGUUUUUUCUUUUAUUUUGAAAUUAGGUGCCAUUAAAAUGUUUUUGUUUUUGUACACGG